AUGAAUGAUAAUGAGAAAUAGGAAUAAUCAUCAGAGUUGCUUAGUAAUAAAUAAAAAUCUUGGCACAAUACCAAUGUUAGGUGGGUAGCAUUGAUAUUGGCCUGUCUUUUUUAAUUUGGAAGUUAUUUUAGCACAGAUUAUCCUUCUGUUUUGGCAGAAGAAAUUAAAGACAGCUUCAACAAAGAUUAAUCAGAUGUGAAUCUCCUCUAUACUUAUUACUCAAUGCCCAAUGUGAUUUUGCCUCUAUUAGGAGGAUUAUUCAUUGAUGCAAUUGGAAUCAGACUUGCAAUGGUUGGUUUCUUUGCUAUCCUAAUAGUGGGUUAAUGUACAUAAUUAUCGAAAUUUUAAUUAGUUCUUUGUUAUAUUUCAGCAGUCUCUGGUAACUUUACAAUAAUGCUAAUUGGUAGAUUAGUCUUUGGAUUAGGCGGCGAAAACUGUGUUGUUGCUUAAUCGUACAUUGUGAGUAAAUGGUUUUUUGGAAGUGAAUUAGCAUUUGCUUUGGGGUAAGUAGAGUAUUUUAUAUGUUAGUUUGAAUAUUACAUUUGCAAGACUUGGGUCGGUUUUAGGAGCAAUUUUGUUAGGAAAAACAUAUAUUUGGUUUGGAGAUAGUUUGUCUGCAUCUAUGUUUUUUUGUUUGGCUCUGCUAAUCUUGGCAUGGGUGGAUGCUAUCAUUCUAGCUUUACUUGAUAAAUAUUGCGAUAAGAGAGACAAAGUAGAAGCCAAAAUUGAAGGAGAUAAAAUAAAAUUAAGUGAUAUCAAAGAAUUUAAGUUGGAUUUUCAUCUCCUUACUCUCAGUUGUCUCACUUGCUACUCGGCAUUCUUCUUAUUUUAAUACAAUAAUGUCGAAAUGUUCAAACUUAUGUACACAUUCUUUUCUAGAUUAGAUAUCAUAUGAAUUCAAGCUAAGCCAAUAAUGUUUAUAGUAUACCAUAUUACUCGGCCGCACUCUUUACUCCUAUAUUUGGAUUUGUAAUUGACAAAUUUGGUAGAAGAACUCAUCUUUUAGUUUUAUGUGGUGGCUUACUAGUAUUAGUGAAUGUUAUCUUUAUAUCAAUUACUUGUGAUCAACAAGAAGUUUGUCUCACUGCACCAAUUUUGGGAUAAAUCUUAAAUGGAUUCUAUUACUCUUUAUAUGCUGCAGUAAUGUGGCCUUGUGUUCCUUUAUGUGUACCAGAAAGAGCCGUAGGAACAGCAUUUGGAGUUGUGAAUGCCGUCUAGAACAUUGGUUUAACAGUUUUCCCAGUUAUAGUCGGUCAUUUAAUUUCAGAUGAAACCCCAGCAGCCUACAGACAUAUGAUCUUAUUUUUAGGCAGUACUGCUAUCGUUGGGUUGAUUAGUAACAUUGGAUUGUGGUUUGUUGAUAAAUAAAAUGGAGGUAAGAUGGCCAAACCAAGUCUCAAGGAUAAUACCGAAGUCGAAGAUUUAAACAUUCAACAACAGGAAAGUGAUACUCCAAUUUCUGAACCUAAAGUAGAUUGAUUUAUAUUUUAAUACAC